AUAAAGCAGGAAAAUUAAAGUUCGGAUGAAAACCCGGUUUGAACUCAAACUUUCUGGAAGGUCAGAUCAGGUUUGUGAAGAAAGGAAAAAUGGCAGGUUUUAAACCAAAAUCACAGGAAAUAAUAGAAACACAUUUUUCUCAGAUAAUAAUAAACACAUUAAUUCAAUCAUCUGGGAAACCGAACCGCUCCGACCGGGUCGAACUGAGCUGCUUUGUUUACCGCCUCGGUCAGGGGGCGAGGGGAUUCGUCUCAUUUGAUUGGAGGAAAGCCCAAAGGGGCGUGUCCAAGUACUGCGCGAUGACAACCAAUCAGCGCGCAGCUUGCCUAGAGGAGCAUUUGGUCAGAACGCAGCGCAGCGGCGGGUUCGGUUCGACCCGAACUCUGUCCGAACUUCUACGGAUCCUCAGGCGGUCAGAGUGCAGGAGGAGCGGUUCGAACCGAGUUCACCCGAACUUCCAUCCGAACCCCAGAGUGAUUCAGGAGGUUUAAACUCAGAGAGAGCGGUUCCGACAGAGUUCUGCAGAACUUUUCCCUGGAUUUGGAGUCUGAGUGGAAGCUUCCGAUUGGUUCCGAUCAGAAGAUGUCCGGGUAGCGGAUCGGGGAGCCGGAUCCAGUCUGGGUCCAGCCCGGUUCUGACAUGGAGCCUGUGAGCGGGUGGAGUCCGCAGCAGGUGGAGGACUGGAUGAGAGGUCUGGACGACAGCCUGCAGCCGUACGUGGCGGCGUUCCGGCAGCAGCGGGUCGGCGGGCAGCAGCUGCUCCGGUUGGGCCACCAGGACCUGCUGGCACUGGGCGUGGCCCGGGUCGGGCACCAGGAGCUGGUUCUGGAGGCCGUGGACCUGCUCUGCUCUCUGAACUGCAGCCUGGAGUCAGACUGUCUGCAGACGCUGCUGGGGAAGAUGAGGGCGGCGCAUCGCAACCUGAGCGGCGCCGUGACGCAGCGCAGGAAGAACCCGGCCUACCAGAACAAGAACUCCCAUCAGCCCUCCAACCAGUUCCUGAGCGCCGUGGUGGAGCUGAUCGCCGCCGCCAAGAGCCUGCUGGCCUGGCUGGACCGGUCUCCAGUGACGAGCCCCAGCGACUUCACGGCCACCAGAAGCACCAUCAUCCAGCUGGGCCUGGAGCUGACCUCCACCGUGCAGAAGGACUGCAGCGUGUUCCAGAUGGAGGAGAAGAUCCUGGAGGUGUCCCAGGCUCUGAACAGCGUCUGUGAAAAGACGGUCCAGGCGACCUCUGACCCCUCUAACACGGAGCCGUCCUGCCUGGAGGAGGUUCACAUCACCAACGUCAGGCCUGGGGAGGGACUGGGGAUGUACAUCAAAUCCACCUAUGACGGCCUUCACGUCGUCACGGGAACCACGGAGAACUCUCCUGCAGAUCAAACCCAGAGGAUCCACGCUGGAGACGAGGUCAUCCAGGUCAACCAGCAGACUGUGGUGGGCUGGCAGCUCAAACACCUGGUGGAGAAGAUGAGGGCUGAGUCUGGCAGCAUCACCUUGGUGCUGAAGAAGAGGCCUUCAGGAACGUCGGGAAUGGCCGCCGCUCCGCUGAGGAACCUGCGCUGGAGACCGCCACUGGUGCAGACGUCUCGGGGCGCUCCGGAUGUCUACGGAUCUCCUCAACCCUCCUACGCUGCAGGCAGGAGAGGGAAGACCUCCAUCCUGGAUCUGUACAUCCCUCCACCUCCAGCAGCUCCAUACGUUCCUCUGGAGCUCAGCGUCUCCUCACAUCCCACGUCUCCAAACUCGUCUCUGGACGCAGACGUCCGCCAACGCCUCGCCGAUGAUCCUCCUCCUGAAUUCAAGCAGCUGGUCCCGAUCCGCCUCAGACAGCGAUCCGCUUCCCGUGGUAAACCCCGACCCGUCUCCAUGCCAGUCGACUCUGUCCUGGGCGUCUCUGGGUCUUCGUCCAAACGCAAAACUCGGGGAAGGAAAGGUCGAGACGAGCUGCACCGGUACCUGAGCAACGAGCGGAUCAGCGCCAUCGCCGAGGAGGAGCCGGCCUUUGGUAUGCCGUCCCGCAGAUCGCCGUCGGUCCGCGGCGUCGACCACAUCAGAGGCAGCCGCUGUCUGGUCGGCGCCGACCUGCACAACAGCGCCACCAUGCCGUACCAGGAGGCCGCCGCCACCAAGAAGCUUCCUGCUGCCACACAGACCAGAGCCAAGACCGGGUCAACUUCUGUCCUGGGCGGCUGGCUGGCCCGGCUCAGACUGCUCAGUCACUGAGGAGGAACGUCAGGAACGCCGGGAGGUUCCUGCUGAAAGACCCGCUUCUUUCAGCGACACUAACACAGAGACUCGUCUGAACGUUGAGCUCUGAACGGGGUCAGAAGACGUCAUGUUCCUCUGGUCCAGGUUCCUACGGAAACGCAGAGGUUGGAUCCGCUCAUCAUGCUGAAGAUGUGAUGCACUCCGGUCCUUCAGAGGCCUGAUCCAGUAACUGGUCAUGGACCAGAACCUGCUUCAUCCAUGACCCAGCCAGAGGAUCCUGAACAGCUUCCAUUGUUCUGCUGAAGAGGAGCAGACAUGAAGAAGAUCAUUGGUGAUGUCCUGAACUUUGACAUUGUUUCUGUUCCUUCUGGAUCUGCUGCAAGUUAAGCUUCAGGCCCAACCAGAACCAGGGUUCUACUGACUGACUUCAGAUUCCUGGAGCUCCAAGUCAGGAGCCCUGCAGAACCCUCAGGGAAGUGUGUUUUUGUUCGUUUGGGAAGAACAGAUGUUUAACUCACAGGAAGUUUAUUUUUAUAAAUCUGGAUCCUGUUGGACUCUCAGGAGUCUCGACCUGCUGGUGAACGGACAGCUUUUGCUCCGAUGUUUCAGGAAGCUGCUGAUCUGCUAAGGUCACAUGAUUACAUUUAACCGUUUCUGCUUCAUGCUGUCUGAUUGGUCCAUCAGCUCAAUAAAGUGGAAUUUAAUAAAUGUUCCUGCUUUGC